GCGUUUUACAUACGCUCCACUUAGCUUUUACGCUAUACAAGCACAAUGGCCAUCGCUGGAUCCUCUGACCUAGUCUCACCUGACAUGCACGAUGUAGCUGUUGAACGUACGCGCGUUAUGGCAGACGUUGACAUGGUCCAAGCAGUCGAUCCCAUCGGAAUUGUCCGAGGAUUAGAGGAUGGUGGUAUCACUGAAGACCCAAUAUUGUCUGCUAAGAGACGCGCUGCUGAGCACCAUCACUUAACAAAGCCAGUUAAGUCGAUAAAAGAUAAAUGGACUCUUUUACCAGCAUUCUUAAAGGUAAAAGGCCUGGUAUCCCAUCAUAUAAACUCGUACAACUAUUUUGUCGACGUGGAGAUGCGAAAAAUCAUGCGUGCGAAUCAGGUGAUUCGAUCUGCUGCCAGCUCCAAUUUCUAUUUCAAGUA